GCAGGCCCCGCCAUGUCCCGCAGGCUGGGCUGCCUGGUCCCGUACAGCCUGGCUGUGCUGCUGCUCAGUGGCCUGCUCUUCCUGAAGAAGGAGGCCACGCCGGCGGGGGGCCCCGCGGCCCGCCAGCCCUUCUGGUCUCCCCCGGGGCCCCGCCGCAGCCCGUGUGCCCCCAACCGCACGGUGGCUGACGUCUCCCUGUCCUUGCCUGGCCGCCACCGCCUCUUCCUGACCUAUCGCCACUGCCGCAACUUCUCCGUCUUGCUGGAGCCUUCGGGCUGUGCCGAGGACACCUUCCUGCUCCUGGCCGUCAAGUCGCAGCCUGGCCACGUGGAGCGGCGCGCGGCUAUCCGCAGCACGUGGGGCCGGGCAGGGGGCUGGGCCAGGGGCCGGCGGCUGAAGCUGGUGUUCCUCCUGGGGGUGGCGGGACCCGCGCCCCCCGCCCAGCUGCUGGCCUACGAGAGUCGCGAGUUUGAUGACAUCCUGCAGUGGGACUUUGCGGAGGACUUCUUCAACCUGACCCUCAAGGAGCUGCACUUGCAGCGCUGGGUGGCGGUUGCCUGUCCCCAGGCCCACUUCGUGCUAAAGGGAGAUGAUGAUGUCUUCGUCCAUGUCCCCAACGUGCUGGAGUUCCUGGAGGGCCGGGACCCAGCCCGGGACCUCCUGGUGGGAGACGUGAUCCGCCAGGCCCUGCCCAACAGGAACACCAAGGUCAAAUACUUCAUCCCCCCGUCCAUGUACGGGGCCCGCCACUACCCGCCCUAUGCCGGGGGUGGGGGAUAUGUCAUGUCCAGAGCCACCGUGCAGCGCCUCCAGGCAGCCGUGGAAGAGGCUGAACUCUUCCCCAUCGAUGAUGUCUUUGUGGGCAUGUGCCUGAGGAAGCUGGGCGUGAGCCCCAUGCACCACGCUGGCUUUAAGACAUUUGGAAUACGGCGGCCCCUGGACCCCCUAGACCCCUGCCUGUACCGGGGGCUCCUACUGGUGCACCGCCUCAGCCCCCCGGAGAUGUGGACCAUGUGGGCGCUGGUGACAGAUGAGGGGCUCAAGUGUGCAGCAGCCCCCUUGCCUCAACUCCCCGAGGGGCGGGUUGAGUGA